AUGAGCGAUGAAGGUGGGAGCGCUGAAACGGAUGAUGGCGCAAUCCAAAAUAACGAGCCUUCUGAGUUAAGCCUGUUAGGUCCUGGAGUUUCUGCUGUUAACAGUGGACAAUUAGAAAGAGAUGUGAUUGCCCAGUAUGAAUUGAGCCAAGAUGGCGGUGAACAGAAAGCUACAAAAUUUGAUCAGCUCAUGGGCCUUGCUGACUCAGUCCGUUUCGGUGAUAAGACUCCUUUCGAGCUAGCAAAAGAAGAAGGGGAAACUGGCAGCGAAUCUGACGAAGAUGUCAUUUAUGAAGAUUUACUAUCCGAUCAGAAUGAUCAAGAUGAAUCGAUUGAACCGCCUCGCAAAUUGAAGAAGAUUUCUACUAACAAAAAAAGACGGCCAACGGUGAAAAGAGAAAGUUCAUCGUCGCAGUUGCUUGUGGAUGAUGCCAAUGAUAGGGACUUUGAAGCUCGCUUAGCCGAAUUGAAAGAAACAGUAGGGAGUUCCGGCGAAGGUGAAGAAUUGCAUUUGAUCAAACAUGAUAUCUCCAUUCAAACAAAUGUUUGGGAAAAGCUUUAUAAAUAUCAGAAAACUGGGAUCCGAUGGCUCUGCGAGUUGCAUCAGCAGAAAGUUGGAGGAAUCCUUGCAGAUGAAAUGGGAUUGGGCAAAACAAUCCAGAUCAUCUGUUUUCUCAGAGCGAUAGAAGAAUCGGCUGCGAAAGAUCCGUUGUUGAAUUUCACGGGUAUGGGGCCAUCGCUCAUAAUUUGCCCUGCAACCUUGAUGUUCCAAUGGGUGAAAGAGCUUCAUCUUUGGAUGCCGGAGUGUAGGGUGUCAGUUCUACAUUCCUCAGGUACCUAUAAAGGAAGUAAGAAGAGUCUUCUAUCCAAGAUGGCUGUUGAUCGCAAAGGAGGAUCGAUUGUAAUUACUUCUUAUUCAACGUUCAGCAAAGAGAAAAAACUUUUUGUUGACCAAAAUUGGCAUUAUGUUAUACUAGACGAAGGACACAAAAUUCGUAACCCUGAAUCUCAGAUUUCUUUGGCAGUGCGAGAUGUGCACACUACUCACAGAAUAAUACUUAGUGGAUCUCCCAUGCAAAAUUCCUUAAAAGAAUUAUGGUCUCUCAUAGAAUUUAUCUUUCCCGGAAGAUUAGGAUCUCUCAAAAAGUUCAUGGAAACUUUUUCCAUUCCAAUUACCCAAGGAGGAUAUGCUAACGCUACUCCUGUACAAUCCUUAACAGCUUACAAAUGUGCUUUAGUCUUACGAGAUGCAAUUAAUCCAUACAUUCUGCGACGAAUGAAGAAGGAUGUUCAACAGGUCAUCGAGCUUCCUGAGAAAAAUGAACAGAUACUUUUCUGUGAUAUCACUGAUCAUCAGCGAAGAUUCUAUAACGAGUAUCUGAACUCCAAAGAAUGUGAUCGCAUUUUGCAUGGUCGACUAGAAGCUUUCGUAGGCAUGAUCUUACUUCGAAAACUGUGCAAUCAUCCAGAUUUGGUGACGGGUGGUCCAAACAAGAAUGGUGAUUAUGAUGAAAGUGUGCAUCCUGAAAAACAAUUUGGAUGGUUCGAAAGAAGUGGUAAAAUGAUAGUUAUCAAAAGCUUACUCAAACUUUGGUCUAAGGCUGGCGAUAACAAAGUAUUGUUGUUCAGUCAGAGCAGACAAAUGUUAGAUAUAAUAGAAAGGUUUCUUCUGAUAGAGAAUUACACAUAUCUUCGCAUGGAUGGCAAAACUCCAAUAAGCAGUCGUCAGAGAUAUGCCCAACAGUUCAAUACGGAUAAAAACAUUUUGGUCUUUCUGCUAACUACUAAAGUUGGAGGCUUAGACGCACAAGCUCGUGAACGUGCUUGGAGAAUCGGUCAAAAACGAGAUGUUACUGUAUAUAGAUUGUUGUCUGUUGGAACCAUAGAAGAGAAAAUUUAUCAUAGACAAAUAUUCAAACAGUUCUUGGCCAACCGAAUCUUGCAUGAUCCUAAACAACGACAAUUUUUCAAAACAAACGAUCUUCAUGAGCUGUUUUGUUUGGCAGACAAAGAUCAAACAAGUACCGAGACUUCUGAUCUUUUCGCUGGAGAAGUCAAAGAAAUCAACAGAGAAAACUUCUUCGAUUCGCAUGAGAAGGAAAGGGUGAAACGCAGAAAAGAUAACAAGAAGAAGAAGGAUACGAGCUCUAAAGAAGUGGAUGACGAUGAAGAAGAAGCUUUCUCUACUGAGAUUAGUGCGGAGAGAAAACAACAACUUCGCGAGCUGGCUAAACAGUUUGCAAAGAACCCUUCGCUCGUUCAAGCUGUUAAGGUUGAUAAUGGCGAGAAGAAGAAGCUGUUGGAUGGAGAGUAUAGUGUCCCAUAUUUGAAAAAACAAGAAAAAGUGAAAAAAACCAAGGAAGAGAAAAAGCAAGAAAAGAUGGAAAGAAAAGAAUCCAAGAAGAAGGACAGGAAGCUUCAAGAUGAUUACGUCCUCGGUCGUCUUCUGAAAACAGCAGGAGUACGUAGUGUAUUGACUCAUGAUCACGUCGUAGGCGAAAGGUCUUCUGAUGAUUUGGUACAGAAGGAAGCAGAAAGUGUUGCACGAACUGCAGCAGCCGUUAUAAAGUCAAGACCGAAAGCUAGUGCGCUUUCAAAGAUCAGGGAAGAAGCGAAAAUGCGUCAACCUGUAGAUGAAGAUAAUGACAGUGAAUCAUCCACUGAAAGUGAGAACGAAAGAGGUGGUAAGAAGUUAAGUUUUUUGCAAGCGUUGGCAAACAGGAAGCGUCGAAUGUUUGAAAACACGGAUGAAAUUGAAGAAAUCGCAACGCCGGUCCCGGAUAAGCAUUCGAAAAUGGCCGAAGAUAUUCGAGGUUUCAUGAUCAUGAAAGGGAACAAAGCGUAUACUAAUCAGAUUGUCGAUAGGUUUAAGAAUGAACUGGGAGAAGUUAAGCCAGUCCAUUUCCGUGCCAUUCUCAAUAAGAUUGCUGACCUAAACCGUUUUAAUAAGCAAUGGGUGCUGAAGAGGGAGUAUGAGUAA